UAGGAGGUUGCGCCGUCGACGGCAAACGACAUGGGUGAGGAGUGCACGAGGGAAGGCUCGACUUCCCAUUGCGCAUUUAGAACUUUGAUCGAUCCGAUGCACUUGUUUGGCUCUCUUGCGGCGCUGGUCGCCGUGUCGCUCGUGGCUUCUUUGCCGUCCCCCGCCACCCUUGGCGUAAACGAUCGAGUUGUCGAUGGGCCCGCGGGGGUCCACGACGCGUCCACCACCAAGAUGAGCGCGCCGCCCGCCGGGUUUGGCAAAUGGUCCCCUGCCAAACCAGGGGACAGCGUGUCUCCGUGCCCUUUCCUCAAUACCAUGGCGAACUACGGCAUCAUCCCGCGCACGGGCAUCACGCAAGACAAGCUCAAAUCCGCUCUGGAAAUUGGCAAGGUUGACUGGGCAUUUCAAAAAUUGUUGACUGGGUCUACAACGAUGAACUUGGGGACCGUCCAAGACGGUGUCCAGGUCGUAUCCCUUGCGAACCUCUCCCAUCACAACGUGAUCGAGCACGACGUGUCACUCAGCCGUCGAGAUGCGUACACAGGCGAUCAAACUACUCUCGUGCCCGCGUUCAUCGAGCAAUUUGUUGCUCUGUCCAAGGAUGGCAAGUACCUGACCGAGGCGGACUUGGUGCACUUUCGAGAACUCCGCGAAGCCGACAGCCGAGCGACGAACCCCCAAAUCAGCUACGGCCAGUACGCCAAGUUGUUUGCUUGGACUGAAACAUCGUUUGUCGACAUCAUGUUCCGUGACGAGACGGGUCGCAUGCGUGUCGACUGGAUCAAGGAGUUCUUCCUCAAGGAAAAAUUUCCGUUCGAGCUCGGGUGGAACUUUCGCCCGGUCUCAUUUGCCGAGGUUGCUUGGAUAUCGGCCCGCCUGCGGUCUGGCUUUGCGCGGCAUGCGACGCUCCCAGAUGGAACGGAUUAAACCAGGAUUUUUGAUGGCCCUUCCAAGUCACGGAAGCCGCCGCGCACAGAUUAGCAUAUCACAUCAUGGAUUGUUGUGUGUACGCGAGGUCGUUGCUGGACGCCAAGACGGCCGCGAUGAGGUUCCAGUUCUGAAUAAACCAAAUCCAUUUGCGCUGCCACUUUGUUGUGCAAACUCCAACUGGAA